GGGGGGCGCGGCGCCGCUCAUUGUGCUGCGCCGGGGCCGCCUCCCGCCGCCCCGCUCCGGCCCCCGAGCUGUGGCCCCGCGGGCUGCCGUGCGCUGGGGGCGGCCCCGCAGCCCUCGCCGAGAGGGACUGCCUUGCAGGGAGCUCGGCUGCACCCAUCCCGAGGAGGGGGCGAGCUGAGCGCCCAUCGCGGGGGGAGGGAAGCUCCUGUAUCCAUCCCGAGGGUGGGGGGCAACCGAGCCGAGCACCCUUCCUGGGUGGAGGGGGCUCCUGCGUCUAUCCGGAGGGAGGAGGGGAACUGAGUGCCCAUCCCGAGGUGGUGCUCAGCACCCACCCCGAGGGGCUCUGUCCUGGCCCAUCCCGCUGCGCUGCACGGGGAGCUCAGCGCCCGUCCGCACUGCAUCCAUCCCGGGGAGCUCCCCUGCCGCGGGUGGGCGGGUGAGCGGCCACCGCCGGCCCCUGGGCGACCGGGCUGCCUCGCACCCAGCCCCGCUGUCCCUAGCCUCAUCCCACCGCCGGGCACCGGCUCCUGGCUCCCGCCUCGUUUUAUGGUCGUGGAGAGGGAGGAAAAAUCCCAAACCAGCUGUGUAAAUGAGUAUGGAAGAUUAUGAUUUCCUCUUCAAAAUUGUUUUAAUUGGUAACGCCGGUGUGGGGAAGACCUGUUUAGUCCGUCGCUUCACUCAGGGGCUUUUCCCACCGGGUCAAGGAGCCACGAUUGGGGUUGACUUUAUGAUUAAAACCGUGGAGAUAAACGGUGAAAAAGUAAAGCUGCAGAUCUGGGACACGGCAGGACAAGAGCGAUUCCGGUCCAUUACACAGAGUUACUAUCGCAGCGCUAACGCAUUAAUCUUGACCUAUGACAUCACCUGUGAAGAAUCCUUCCGGUGUCUCCCUGAGUGGCUGCGAGAAAUCGAGCAGUAUGCCAGCAAUAAGGUCAUAACCGUGCUAGUGGGUAAUAAGAUUGACUUAGCUGAUAAGAGGGAAGUCUCCCAGCAAAGAGCUGCAGAGUUUUCUGAAGCACAGGACAUGUACUAUCUGGAAACCUCAGCAAAAGAAUCUGAUAAUGUGGAAAAACUCUUCCUGGACUUGGCCUGCCGGCUGAUCAGCGAGGCACGACAGAACACCCUUGUGAACAAUGUUUCAUCACCCUUACCAGGAGAGGGGAAAAGUAUCAGCUAUUUGACUUGCUGUAAUUUUAAUUAAAGAGCUGGCAUGGGAUUUCCCCUUCUGCCAUGGGCCAAGAGGAUUUUUUUUUUUUUUUUUUUGCUGGGAUUUAUCUCCUUGGAGGGAAUUCCUGCCACUUUGAUCCAUCCAGCUUACCCUGAGUCAGGUUGCAGACCUGGAAGCAUGGCGGGCUGGCGGCUCAAGCUGCAUGGCAACGUAGCAGAAUAUAACGCGGUUUAAAUUUCAUUUUCCUUGCGGACUCUGGAGCAGGUUAGGAAAAGAAAGUUGCACAAAUAAUGCAGAGUAUGAGCUAAUGUGUUUCCUUCUGUGGGAGACUAAAGCAGCCUCCCUUUAAGAAGAUAUGAAGAGGUCAACAUCUUUCUUGCAGAACAAUGUGUUUGGUCCCUUUUAAAAUAAAAAAAAAUAAGAGAAAACCAACAAUGAAUACUGACCCUGGACUACCCUGGCAAUCUGCUGGGCUGCCAGUGAGUGAGCUCUUAAGACAUGUAUACAGCAUCUGCUGGGGCAUGCGUCUUCAUGGAGGACUCUGCUGUUUGAAGUAGUGUUAUGUCUCUCAUUUACAGGCACUUUCAUGAACAUGGAAUUAAACAAAAAAAGUUACCUAUAUCAACGUUUUCAAGGUUGAAGAAGACAUGGAUACAGCUCAGUUGCUCCCUUUGGUGCUAGCAGUUCAGCAAAUAUUCCAUAGACCAAAUGUAGUUUUACUACAUUAACGUCCUCUGAAUGUGUUAACUUAGACUGGCUAGGAAAAAAAUACUAAUUAGCACUGUUCAUUAAAAAAUAAAAAUCUCAUUACCUCUUUUUCUAGGCUUGAACAUAGUGGGAAAGGACUGUGCUGCUUUUGGUAUCCAACUUAAGAUGAAAAGAUGUUACAGAAAUAAUAAUAAUAAAAAAAGUUUAACUGUCCCUCCUCUAAGUAGUAAUGGCCUAAUAUGAAAAAUCAGCCUUGGGAAACGUUAUUGUGUUGGAAAAAGCACACCAGACAUGACCAAAGUCAUGUAUGUGCAUGGAUUGUGUAUAAGGGUUCAAAGUGAGCACAGUUUGAAGUGGCAGUCUGCAAUACAUCUGGCUUAAAAAUAACAUCUGUAGGUACAGUUCUUGUGGAAAGGCAGGUGCACAAUUAUGUAGAGGGUUUUUUAAUGCUGAGUGGAAAUAGCAAUGGGUUGCAAGUGGUACCCUUCUGUUGGACCCAUCCAGUGCUCACCUUACGGAACUGCUCUCCAAGAUGCUCUUGGAGAUACCUUCUUGGAAUAUGGUCCCUCCUCUAGAGUAGCUUUCAGGUUCAGGGCUGUAGAAUCAUUUUAUUUACUUGAUGCAUUGUACUUUUAAUCUCAGACUCCAGUGUACACAUAACAGAUUAUGCAAAAGUGGAAAUACUCUGGACUAUGGUGUGUUGUUACUUAUACUACCAUAUGCAAAUAAUGCAUUGCAAAUUUACAUGUUGUCGUUAAAGUGAAAUUGGAAGGUAGUGAAUGCGCACAUGAAAAAUGAUUUUUAGAAGUUUGAGUUCAGUUUUACUAAUCUGGAUAAAUCUCUCCUGGCAAUUAUGUUGUGAUAUGUUGUAAUUUAGAGUUAAUCAGUUUGAUAUUAUUUGUCAUUUACUGGAGAUUAUAGGAGAGCUUUUGUAUUGACAUAAAAAGCUGCCAGUAAGUACUUCUUGAAAGAAUUUAAGAAGAAAGACAUUUAAAAAUGCUUUUUCACAUUGCCCUGGAAAGAUGACUUUGGGCUGCAUCAUGUUGUGCCUUUGAUCUGUGACAGGGAGCUGACUCCAUGUCAGACAGAGGGGGGCAAUCACUGUGUCAUAUCGCUAUCUUUAAUAUUUCCCUUGCCAUUUUUCAGGUCACCUUCUUUUAUGACUAGUGGUAAAAAGGAAGAUGUAGAAAUUUUGGUACAAGGCUUAUUUGUCAUUCAGGUAAUGCUUAGCAAACUGCUGCCAUAAGUGUGAGAUGUUGGGAGAUGUCAUCUGCUGUGCUGGCCUGUCUGGUCCUUUGCGUCUCUGCUCAUGCUGUAAUCCAGAGGAUUUAGAAAUAUGUGGGACUUGCUGGCUUCUGCUGUGCUGGACCGUGUGAUGAAGAGCAAUGUCUGUCUUGAGCAUUCCCCAAGUUGAGCUGUGAAGACCAACCAUCUCUGAGACAGCUGAUUCUGCACAGCUUUUAAGUAGCUGUUUGAGCAAGGCUCAGAGUGUUACGUGUAAGGUAACACUCAAGUUAAAAAUCAAUAUAUAUUUAAUUUGUAAAAGCUGUUACUCUCUUGAUGCUGGACUGUCACCAUACAAUUGAUAUCAAAUAGGGUAGGGCUGUUCAACUGAGCUAAUCAAAGAGAAAGAAGGCUUCUGGCUAAAGCACCUGUGGGUUCCUCAGCUGGAUUUCUGAAAGCACCAAAAUUGGGCAGGUACUUUUUAUUUCUGCUUAGUACUAUUAUAAAUACAUUUGACAGUGCUCCUUGCAUCGCUUCUGGAAGUUGAACUCUUAACAAUUUAUCAUUACUGAACAAGCUGAUCUGGUCAAAUAGCAGAAAUUGCUGCCUUUAUUUUCUUGGAUAUUCACUUUGAGGUUUCUAGAAGGCUAAGUCUCUUUUCCCAGUGGUUUUCUAACCUGUAGUGGAAUAUUUUGGAGACUAGCUGCCUACUAGCAUUCUCCAAGCACUGGUUCUUUUUAUCGCUACUAAAUCUCCUCCACAUAAAGAGUCCAUCUCCAGAUGGUGAUGUGCUUUUGGAGUGGGUGCUUUUGCAGCAUGCUGCAGCUGGGCUGAUGUUACAGUGAAGUAUCUGACUUCUCCAGGGGCAAAUCUGAACUGUUUCCUUUCAAAUUUCUAUGUAGACUUAAAAAGUUGAAAGGAAACACUGGUGGUAUGUGCAACGUUUUAUGAGGUAGUGAGCCAAAGCUGUGUUUUGCAACUCAACUCUUUUUCUGCAGUUAACAAACAUGCUUACCUGUUGAAGAAUUAAUAUUUUAUUGUAGUGACUCCUUUGCGGGAGUUAUUUUUAUACACUUUCAAAUAUCUAGUGCAUAGAACCCACCUUUCCUUGUAGCAUUGAGGGCUUCUGCUCUACAGUCUGAAGGCUUCCUGACCAGCAGAAGAGCUUUAUCAACUGCUAAUGACAACUUAGUGGUGUGGCACAGUGGUCAGUCUUGAAAAAUAAAAGGAAAAAAAAGUACAAAUCCCAGUUACCUGACAAUCAUCUCUCCACCUAUGGCCAACACCUUGCUAGAAGAGUGGAUCUUUGAGAGAGCUGUCAGUAAAAGCCUUGUGAUGUUUGCUGCAUUGAGUGUCCCAAAGCUGUGCAGAAUUGAUAUAAUGGGUCCAAAUUUGACUGGAAAUGUUCUCUGCAAUGAAGAGAGCAAGGCAUUGCUUUUAUUGUGGUUGCUAGACUUUGAUGUGUUUUCCGAGUGAUGUAUUCACAGCCAUGGAAUGAUCUUGGGUUAGUAUUUAUUUUUAUAGUGGUCCCAUAAUGAGACCUUUUCUUCAUAUUUUUUUAGCACAGUGAGUAGCUCCAAGCAGAAGGCAACAUUAGGUGGUCAACAGAUGUUUGCUGUAUGUAGAAAACCUGUUUGCAGAGAUUAGUAAAAUCCUGAAAACUGGAUGGUCUAAACUCUAUUUUCCAGUUCAGCUGCUGAUUCAGUCAGGCUGGUCUCUACUAAACCAUCAAGUGCUCUGUGCUUCAGAUCGCUGUGUUUGAAGUACUUGCUAGGAUUUUGUGUUGGGUGUUUAUGCUACAAGUUUGCUGGGAUAACCCAUGGCUCCCUUCUGUUCCUUUUUGUGUUUCCCACAAGUGACCAAGUGCUAGGGAAAAAAAAAAAAAAAGCCUUUCAGUUCAAAGAGUCAUGAUGAAAAAAAGGAAAUGUUGAGCUCUAUAAAGAAGGAGACACUGGGUGCCUCUUCCUACCUCUAAUAGCGAAGUCCUGAUUUGAUCUACAGGUAGGUCAUUGGAGAGUGCAAUCAGAUACGAGUUAGUGCUGAAUGCUAAAUGGAAUUGUGAUCAUUAUUUAAUGAAAACCACAUGUGAUAAAUUGUCAGGCAAGAUACUUUGUUCUUUGCUGUACAACACAUGAAACAGCCCUUAAAACCUGUCAGCCUGCUGGUGCUGUUUGUGUUUUUGGAAAUAGCUAAAUUGGUAACAGUUGGCUCCUGCUAGUCUAGGUUUAGUGGUUAAUGGCUACUGAAUUCCUUCAGCAUCAGUAAUAACAGCAGCAGGCUGAGGUUGACACAAGAUAGACUUUCCCUCUUUGCAAAUCACUAAAUUAGUGAUGCAGAAGCAUGGUGGGUGCGCACACAUCCUGAGCUCUUGCUGACAAGGGAUGCAAUUAGCUAUAGUCAAACCCACUGGGUUUUGCCUUAUUCGUUAUCCCUAAGGACUGCUGUUUGUUCGUCUGGUUUUCCACUUGUCUUCUCUUUUCAGCAUGAAGAACUGUCUGUAAAGCAGGCUGAGAUGGUGAGCUGGCAUGAUUUUUGUAGUCAGACUGAAUUCAGUCUGAAAAUAGGUGAAAUUCUGCAGGCUGAACAAACAUGCACGGUACACUGGCGUUUGGGGACUUGUACUGUUGUGGUUGAACAUGGUUGGAGACACUAUCACAGAAACCCUCUCCUGGCUGUGAAGCAGACUGAGUUCUGUGGCCCUUUGUGCAAGGGCAAAGAUGACUCUGUGGAGCAGGAAAUGCAAAGCAAAGGGAUGGUUCUACUCGAGAUUUCCUCAAUCCCAUCUUCUCUUUAAAAAAUCCAUCUAUGACUCGGUUUUGGAAUCCUCUGGUCUUCAAUAAGGGAUAGUAGGAAUUUGAGUCUCAGCUGAAAUUUUUCUGCAUUCUGUUGCUUUCCAUAUCAAAGCACCCAAUGUCCUUAUACACAUUGCUCCUACCAACAAAGACCUUUUUUAAUUCAUUCAGUUAAAAGAAAGGUGUUUUUUAGAGGACACUUUGUGAAUUCCUAGCGAGCAAAUAUGGAAACUCUCUAAAACGUUGAUGUAUGUGAGGGCUCCUCAGAAAACCCCACUGGAGCCAAAAGAAAUACUAAUAAAUUCUAGUCAUGAAAGCUACUGAAGAAAAAUGUUUUAUAAAAAGCUAAGGAAGAAACUUUGCUUAUGUGAAAAAAUUUGGCUUUUUCUUUCCUUGUCGGCCAUGUUUUCAGCUCGGCGCGGUUUCCCGAGUGAGAGGGGAUGUAAAGAAUACUCUUGCACUUUCAUGGGCAGUGAUCAAGGGCUCUGGUGUGUCUGGUGUCACAUGAAUGCAAACCUCAGAGCUUUUCAAAACCUGACUCCUCCAGUAUUUUUCUUCCAUGAAUCUGUUCCUUCCCCGUACUGAUCAUGCUUCAAGCACUGUGGAGGUCUUGGACUGGAAAGAGAACUCAUUGCAUGGACCUCAGGAUCUGAAUUUGGCAUUAGCUAGAAGGGAGAGCAUCCAUUUCUCAUCUUCUUUGCCACCUUGACAUGAGCACUUUACUAUCAAUAUAAACCUAACUAAAUCUAUUAUCCCGUUCUCAAGCCAGACAUCCUGUGAGGAAUAUUUCCCUUCUUAUGGGACCAAUACAAGAAAUGUUGAUGUUAAGAGUCGGUGGUGGUUUGGUGCAAGCGAGUAGAUCUCCAGUGAGGAGGUGGAUGCUGCUCUCCAUCCAGGGAGACUUACAGCCCUGUGGAGGAGGAGAGUUAUUCUGAGCUGUCACUUGCGCGGUGGUGUGAAUAUCUCCCAGGGUCUGUGUUGCAUCAUCGGCACGAGCUUUACUAAAUGUAAUGGCCAUGAUGUCCCCAGCAGGGAAGCCUUUACAAAGAGGGUAGCAGAGGAAUGAGGAAGGUAGUUUUGACAGUAGUGGAGUGAG